CCCCUCACCACCCCCCCCCCCACUCUUCCUCACACCACUGGCCCCAUGGCCAAUGAAAAGCGUGCAGCCACUGCUGACUUGUCUUUUGGGUCUGUUGGUUCUCACUGCCGUCUUUGCCUCCUCAGCCCCAGCAGCAUCCUUCGCGGCAAAUAGUUAUGUGAAGGGAUAGGAUGCUCGUCGAUGCUGACUUAGGCAUAGUAUUUCUGAUGCGACGCGGAGCUAGGAACCCGUAGGUGCAGGGUCGUUCCUCGUUAGGGCGGACGAGUUUUUUGUAAAGUUGGCGGUGGAGCAUCCAUCAUGUGGGCGAUCUGGGGAAAGCAACGAGAGCGCUUCUCGCUCGAAGAGUUGAAGCAUCUCAACGACGUGCUGCAGAAGCACACGAUCAUCAGCGAUGCUAACAAGGACACUGUAGUGGAGACAUUGCGGUCUAUAGCGGAGCUGAUGAUAUGGGGGGACCAACACGAGCCUGCAUUUUUUGAGUUCUUUGUAGAGCAGGGCGUAUUCGCGCAGUUCAUCCGCAUCAUGGCUUUGGCGAACCAGCCGUCGCCGCAGUGCGAGGGCGUCAUGGUGCAGCUGCUGCAGACGCUCAACCUCAUGAUCCAGAACCUCAAGAGCGAAAAGGCCAUCUACUACAUGUUCAGCAAGGAGCAUGUCAACAACGUCAUCUCCUUCCCCUUUGACUUCUCUGACGAGGAGCUCCUCGCGUACUACAUCUCCUUCCUCAAAACGCUGAGCAUGAAGCUGGACAAGUCAACCAUUGGCUACUUCAUCGUGCAAAAGGAGGAUGGCAGCAGCGCCUUCCCACUGUAUGUGGAGGCCAUCCGCUUCUUCCACCAUGAGGAGAGCAUGGUCCGCAUCGCCGUGCGCACACUCACCCUCACCAUCUAUAAUGUGCACGACGAGCGUGCCAACCGCUUUGUGCUGAGCCCGUCGGCCAUCCGGUACUUUGAGGACCUCGCCAUCUUCGUGCGCCAGCAGAGCUUCACGCUCGCACGCCUGGUGGCCAAUGCUGUGAGGAACUUUGGGUCGAUUGUCGACGUGGGGCGCGUGGAAGCAUCGAUAGCGGAGAUCGGCGACCUGCUCUACUACUGCAACGACGUCAUGAGCGCCGGCAUCCCGCAGCUCUCAGAGGUGGUGUCGGAGCAUCUGCUCAGCAUCUGGGUCUUCCCCGUGCUCCUCGCCUCGCUCUCCCCCGAGUCUGGCUCGCCCAAUGCGAAGCGCAUUUCCCCACUGUGCGCCAUGUACCUGCUCUCGCGUGUGCUGCACGUGGUGACCUACCGCCCCUUCCUGGACGCCGCUACCCGCUCCAUCGCCGCAGAUCUCAACGCGUCCCUCACUUCUGCUAGCCCCGCCGGCUCCGACGGGGUUCUGCCCCAGCUGUACGAAUUCCAGCAGCAGCAGCAGCAGCAGCAGCAGCAGCAGCAGCAGCAGGAGAAACCCCAGCAGAAUCAGCAGGAGCAGCAGGAGAAACAGCAGAAGCAGCAGCAGCAUGUGAGGAGGAGCAGGAGUGCAUCGUCCUCUGCGGAUUUAGGGAUUCAGGAGGAUGAGUUUGGUGCAGGAAGAGGGAGGAAGGGGCUUUCUGGUGGCGGGGCAGCAGCAGCUGGGCACAGGCCGUCUGACAGUCACCACCUUUCUGCCAGGCCUCCCGUCCCACCCCCUGUGUAUGCCGGCUCCUCUGCUGCUGCUGCACCGUCUGUGACCUCACCCCCCCCUGCUACCACUGCAGCUGCAUCUGUGGCUGCAGCAGCAGCGGGGAGGGGGGACGGAUGGGCGAAUUCAGAAGCUGUAGCAGAUGCAACAGCAGCAGCAGCAGCAUCAGAGGCAAGCACAGCAGAGGGUGCGCAGAGAAGGGGGGAGAAGUGGCCUCUGUCAGUGAGACGUUCUUUCUCGCACUCUCCUAGGGGCUCCCUGGUGGAGAGAGGGGAGGGAAGAGAGGGUUCAGGGGAGGAAGAAGGGAGAGCGGGUGGGGGAGCAGGGGAGGGGGGGGAAGAGGUGGCAUUACGAGCGGGGCAGAAUGGGUAUGCUGCGGGAAGGGAGGAAGGCGAAGGCGAGCAAGGGGUGGAGGGAAGCCGUGGGGGGGAAGGGGGCCGUGGCAGGAACAGUGGUGUUGUGCGAUCGGCGUCGGCACGAGACAGACCGAGUCUUUCGGCGCGCAGGCACCUGAGGACACAGAGCAGCGGCGGCGGCGGCGGCGGCAGCAGCAGAAGCGCUGACUCACCGCAGCUGAACAGUAGAACCUUUGGCUCCCCUCAGCUCAACCAGGGCACGGAUUCCAACCAGGGCACGGAUUCCCCCCAGAGGAGCUUCAGCUCGCCCCACAGGAGCUCCCCUUACAGGAAGAUGCGCCACGCCUCAGAUACCAUCAUUCUGGACCUCGACCCCACCGCCAGCGCUUGGGACACGAUCGUGUCAUACCUGCUGUGCAACAACGAGCGGUGGGUGCUGGCGUCGCUGUGCGUGCUCUGCGGUCUGCUGCAGAACACAGCGGUGCACGAUUCGCUCUUGGAGGAACUUGGCAUGCUGCCCUGCAACCGCCGCCACCGCCGACUCCUCGUGGAGGCGCUAGUAGGCAGCCAAUCGGAAGAGCAGCUGAAGCGGCUGCUGAGGCGGGGAGACAGUGAUGCAAUGGAGGGUGGGGAGGAGAUGGGGACUGGGCGAGAGAGCAGAGAGGGAGCGGGGAGGAGCAGAGAAGUUGAGAGACUAUCACAUGGGGCGGCAGAGGCCCCGCUAGGAGCAGCAGAAGCAGCAGCAGCAGCAGCGCCACCACCAGCAGCAGGUUCUGAAGCCGACUCAGCAUCCGAAGCAGCUGUAGCAUCUGUAGCAGAUAGGGCGGGCUUGAGAGGUGACAGUAGCGGGGGUGAGUGCAGCGAGUGUGGCAGCAGCAGAGGGUCUGGCAGUGGGCGGUGGGCAGUGGGGGCAGGAGCAGGACCCGUGCUAGGGAGUAGGUUCAUGGCGGUGGGGGGGGGAGGGGAGGGGGAUGAUGGAGGGGGGCGUGAUUGUCAAGCGAGGGGGGAUGAGAGGGGGGGAGGAGGUGCGAUGUUGGAUGAACAGAGGGAUCGAGCAGACGGGAAGCCGGCACCAUUCCGGUGUGCGGUGUGUGGGUGCAGCGGGGCAGACACCCCCUCGUCCUCAAAGCAGCACUCCAGAAAGAGACGUCAGGUGGUGGACACGGUGUUUGUCCUUUUGUGCAAGAGACCGCCGCCCUCACCGGAAGCGCUGUGGCAUGCGGGAUGGCUGCUGCGGCAGCUGCUGCCACCUAGCCACCGCCUGCAGUCAGCGCAUAAGAAGCUGCUCAUGCAUGCAUAUGAGUUGGCCCGCAGUGACCUGGUAGGGGAACUACUUGACUGCUGGUGCGACAUGCUGCCUGCUGCUAUGGUGGAGGAGUGGAAGGCAUGCCGGAAAGCACUGGAGUCUGCCACACUGGCCAAUGACUCGUCUCUCGUUCUCAUGCCCAGCCUCCCUCCCCUGCUCACGGACGGUGACUCCUCUUCUGCAGCUUAUGGCGAACGCAUGAGGACAGUGGUCAAGGUGUACGUGGCGCUGCAUCAGAUGCGCGCCACUCUCCUCGGCCUGCCGCUCUCAGACGCCCCUCCUCUCGCCACAGCAGACCCUCCCCUCCUCGACGCCCGCUUUGGCCGCAAGGGGCUCAGCCUCGAACAGGCGCAGGAAGGCACCGAGGUGCCUCUAGAGCCGGGUGAUGCCAUCCCGUGCCGUGUGGCGUUUGAGCGAGGCAAGGAGAAGCACGUGGUGCUGCUCGUCGCCUCCUCUGCUGCCAGCGGCUGGGUGCUGCUGGCAGAGCCGCCAGCUGGCAUGACCGCCAAGGCCGCUGUGGCUGAGGAGGCCACAGGGGUCGUCCGCGUUGUCGCUCCCCUCGCAGGCUGCCAGCCGUCGCUGGACCCGAAGCACAAGCGCUGGCUGCACCUGCGCAUCCGCUCGCCCCAGGCCCCAGCCUCCGAUGCCGGUACUCUCGCCUCACGCUCCCCCAUGGGCUCGCGAGCCCGCACCAAGCGCUUGGCGGAUGGGCGGUGGACCUUGGCGUUUUCGGAUGAGGCUGCUUGCAGGUUUGCACAUUUAGCACUACAGGAGGAAUCGUAUGUGCAGGGGAACGCAGUGCGAAGCAUGCUGAUGCCCCUGCUUGGAAAUGUUGAGCCAUUUCAGCUGCAGAGGGAACAGUCAAGUUGAGGCAAUGACAUAUAACAUUCCAUUUGUUAGCGGAACAUUAUACAAGAUGUCUCUGUAUUGUCCCUUACUACUGGUAUGGUUGAGCUGUGUUGUUGGUGCAUUUCUUGAGUGCAAC